AUGAUAUACAUAAUUCUAUUCUUAUGUAUUGUCUCCAUUGAAUCAUCUCAUUUCUAUGGUGGAACAGUAACAUGGCGUCCGAUGAGUAAUACGGACACUAGUUCAAAAGUUGCCAUUAUGUUCACACAAUCAUAUCAAUGGCGACGAUCUUUCGGUGCUUCAACAUACUGUGACCAAACUGUUAUAACGAAUCAAUCACCUAAACUAUCCAGUGGAACUAAUACACUUCAAUGUAGAACGACUCCUUCUAGUGCAUGUGGCUCUUAUUCUUCAAUAGACAUUGGUGAAUAUUGCACUGAUUUCAGUACUAUCGUUGAUUCAAGUUCAGGACAAAUUUCAACAAUUCAAAAUAUCACAGCUGGCUCAGUAUUCUGCGUAUCUUUUCAAGGUAGCGCUUGGAUCGGUUUACAAUCAUCAAAUUGUGGUGGAACUGGAAGAAAGAAACGGUUUUUUUUUAGUGGUUCAGGAACGACAACAACUAAAAGAACGACAGUAUCAACGACAACUGGAGCUAGUUGCUAUAGUACAAGUGCUGCAUGGUCAAUCGGAUGUUGUCUUGAUUUAACAGUUAGGUCAGAUGGGUUCAUUAACACACCACCGGUUGCUACGGUCCUAUCACGUGCGUAUAAGCUAACUAUACGUUUUUUUCCAACUAUUCAAGUUUCAAUCGAUACAUUAACUAAUAUAACGAUUCCAGUGAUUGAUGCUGAUAAUGAUUAUACAAGUUGUCGAUGGGCUCAAAAGACGACUACUUUUGAUGAGUGUGGUGAUGUUUGUCAAACAGCACCCGGCAGUAUCCUUUAUGAUGAAGACUGUGUGGUGACAUUUAACAGUACUGGCAAAAGUGUAGGAGAAUAUUAUGCAGUAACAUUAAUGGUUGAAGAUUUCUACGAUCAGUCUACAUAUACACCAUUUAGUAGUGUUCCUAUUCAAUUUUUAAUACAUAUUGUAAAUACUUCUAGUUGUUCAUUAAAACCUACAAUUAACUCGACACUGUCUGGAUGUACAGCAGUUGAAGUUGGUCAAACAUUUAAUUUUACAUUGACAAUUAUUCAAGGUUGUACUGGGACUACCAUAUUAGAUUUCUUCAGGACACCUCCUCUCUAUAUGAUCAAAAGUAGUGUAGUACAAGUUGGAACGACUAAUACAUGGGAAGUCACUGAAACAUGGACCCCAGUGACAUUACAGAUAGGAUCUCAAGUUUAUUGUGCUGUAGUCACUGACAGUUUGGAUAUACAAUCAGAUCAAUAUUGUCUUACAUUCAGAGUUGUUUCUGCUGGUUCACCCCUUUCAUGUGUGACAAAUACGUCAAGUACAAAUGCAGCAGCAAGUAAUACAAGUGCAGAAACCGGUUCCAAUACAAAAAACGAUGCAUGGAUUAUUGCCUUGUCGGUAUUAGGAUUUCUUUCUCUAUUGGGUUUAUGUUGUUGCUGUUGGUGGUGGUUGUUUGCUAAAGGUCGUCGUCAUCGAACAGCUAAAGAAAAGGACCACAUUUUAAAAUACUCGUCGAUGAAUGAGCAAAAAACCGAUCCAUUAGAAUCUAGUUUUGGAACCCAGCGACAAUUAGUAUCUGUUAAGAACCAACCUAAUCCCAAGAAGACAAUAUCAAGAAAGAGUCGCACAAUUGAGCCAUUGAAUUCGAAGAACGGUAUAUCAACAAGUAGUGAACCAAUAACUAAUAGUGCACUGAUAAAUGCGCCUUAUUCAAGCUCUAUUUUUGACAUAGCGAAAAAUAAAAGUUUUCAACAACAACCAAACAUACAAAGUAUGAGUUUUACGUCUGCAACUGGUAUCAGUCUAAUCGACAAACCUUUAGCAAAUGAAGAAAAUAAAAAUAUUAAACCUCCAAAUACGAAUGAUGAUACUGAGUUGAGAAAAAUUAGUACCAAGAAAAACUCGUCUUCAAAGAUGAUGAAAUUAUCAAAAAGGAAUUCAAUAGGACCACGUGAUCAUAGUAUCGAUGCAUCAAAAUUAGCUGGUUCAUUUCAAUCAAAUACACAGAUAGCAGGUGAUUUAUUGUCAAAACCACGACCAUCUGGUUCAGUUAGUGUAAGCAAAGUAAAUCGAUCAAGUUUACCUAAUAAAGAGAGUUUCUUACAAAUAACGAACGAUAGUUUGUUGCCAACCAAAAAAAGACAAACUGUAGAAAUGAAUAUGAUUAAGAUACCUCAAUCAAAUGUGACCUCUCACAUGCCUAAUGAAGGUAAUGUCAAAGCAGCUAAAUUAUCAAAAUCAAUAAACGUUCAAGAAAAUUUAUUACACACAAGCAAUCACCAACAGCACGAUAAUGUCAAUAUUUCAAGUGAUGGUGUAAAAAAUAUAUCUGUCUCUGUUAAAAACUUGCCUCGUGUAAAACUAUCUACAAAUACAUAA